CAGAAAUUCAGGUAACCCUUGGCAGCUCGUACAGCUUCUUCACUAACUCUGCCGGCCUAUCGCCGUUUUUCCCCAAAAGAUCGUUUCCUUCCUUAAACCUUCUCAGAUUAUCUCUUCCUUUUAUCUCAAAGCUUCAAAGUCUUCUCCUUUCCUUCUUCUUUGAUUUUACUGUUCAUCAACUCAUCUCUAAUCAAAAGUCGAAACCUUUUCUGGAUUUCUCCAAUGGGUAUUGCCUAAUACUUCGAUUUCACGCAUGGAGUAGUAGAAAAUUAACGCUUUUGUGCCCAUUUCCCUCAAAAAGGUAUCGUCUUGAACAGAUACCUAGUUGGCAGCUAAUUAGGUUUCUGAGCUUUCGACAACAUGUUAUAAGCAUAGCUCUUGAAUUGGAUACGCAUCGAUUGUUUUUGGAAUGGUUCUCUGAUAUUCUAUGAUUGGCUAUAGCUUAUCUUUUCGAAAGGCUGAGACUUUGAUUCUUUAGCCUCAGAGUUAGUUUGUUUUUAAAUGAGGUCUAAUGUUUAUAGAGCUGAAUUAGAGAGUAUACAAGUGCCCUCCUGAGUUUUGAGGACAAAAGAGAGAAGAGAAUGGAUCUAUGGUUAAUCGCAGCUACUGCUGCUACUGGAUAUGUAACCAAGCAUUUGCAGAACGUAUCCAAAAGUAAAGAAAGCUUCCCUGAGGAUUUGAAUUGUGUGAAGCCAGAAUCUCCCAGAUGUUUGCUUAGCAGAUUGACAAGAGAAAAGAAACCACACGAAGACAACUUUGGGGAUCGCAUAAAUGGGGAGGGUCUAGAGUGUGGCAAUGCAUUUGGAGGAGGAGAAAUAGCUGCGGGUAGUGAUGAGGAGAUUUGUUCAGGUUCUUUUGGGAACAGAGCGUUUCUUAGGAGAAAACAGCGAUACGGGAAACUUGUAAAGCCUUUUUCUACGGAGGGCGGUGUAAUGUCUCGGUUACAUAGAGAGGAAUAUAUGCUAAGCCCGUUUCCGUCGCCAUGUGGUUCAUUUUCGAGGCCCUUGGUUGUUACUGAUUGUACAAAAGUAAUUAGCAAAAGCUCUGGAGACUGUAUUAGCCAGGGAGCUCAGAACUGUGGAAUCCGUCAGCUAAGGAAAUUAGAAGCUUCAGGUCUUUAUGCUAAAAGGAGAGUUGGAAAUGCGAGUGGAAGAUCUGAUAAUGUGAUUGGAUCAAAAGAUGCAGCAUUGCUGCUAUGCGUUGGGAUUUCUAUUGGGAUAAUAUCAUCGUUUGUAGCAAACCAAACCGAAGUAAACAAGGUCAAAGAAGAGUUAAAGCAGACGGAGAAUUUGGUAAAUGAUUCAGAAGAUGAGCUUAAGAAGAAAGACUCAUUGGCAGUGAAUGAUGACUUACACGAUGGUGAAAAGACAGCAGAGAAUUCAGAAUCUAUAAGUGAAAUUGAAGCAGAGCUUGUAGCUGAAUUGGAAAGGCUACAGAUGAACAUGAACUCAUCCAACAUUGAGACACAACCCGCAGAUGUCUUCGAGAUGGAGCCGGAAUUUGAAGUAGAAUUUGCGCAGGGAGAGCUGAGAGAUGAUGAGGUUGAAAGGCAGCGCUUUGAUGAAUCCGACUCCAACCAGGAACCUCUUGGAAAUGCCACACCUGAAUCAGGAAACUAUUCAAUCUCACCUCGUGAGUUAAGCUUGCGUCUGCACAAAGUUAUCAACUCUCGUUGUGAAGAACGAAUAAAAGAACUUGAGAUCGCAUUACAAGAGAGCCAGAGGAAAGUGGAGCAGCUAGUCAUGGAAGCAGAGGAAAAGAAGAAACCACUGUCAAGGUUAUGUGAAAGCCAUGCAGUGAAAAGAGACUCAAUUCGUAAGCAUAACCCUGUAGAGGUCCAACCUCUGGUUAUGAAACUAGCAGGGCCGGCACUUGAUGCAUUCAAUGACUCUUAUGAGGAACUGAUGGAUAUAAACGAUUCUUCUGAAGAAGGAGAUUUACCAUAUGAGACUGAGCGGCGAGAAGAAUUGUCUUUGACAAGCAAAAGCUCACCUUGGAGCUAUAAAGAUUAUGUAAAGGAUUCAUCAAGAACUUCAGAGGAUGUGAAUUUCUUCAGCCUGCAAGAUCUACUUGGUUUGAGCGACGAAGAAGAUAGAGAGUCUGAGAAUGAGAUGGAGAAACAACUGAUAAAACAGAUCGUUGAGAAAACCAAACAAGGAUCUUCUGCUGUGUUUAGUGCCCAGCAGAUGCUAUCUCUCAUGGAAGAAAUAGAACACACUCUAUAACAAGCAUAAACUGGUCAGAUUCUCAUUGUUUCUGAUGAAAAUUUACAGACUUCUCUAGUAAGUGUAUAGAUAUAUGUAAGGUUUGGUGAAACUUGUCUUGUGAGAUCAAAACUGAACUAAAAAUGAAAAGAAAAAAGAUGUUAGUGUGAAACUGAGUGUAUGUCUCAAGAACAAGCUCUUCUGGGGCUUAAUUUCUUUUUUUUU